AUUUCAUCUUCACGACCUGCGUAUUCCAGCUAACCUGCAUGCAAUUGCAACACUUUGUCCUGGCCACCUGCCAAUUCCGAAACCAAAGGGAUAGGAAGUCUAUCAGCCAGGCCAGCAACCCAGCAGUAAGGAAGGAAUCAACACUACGGUGUCGAGUUUCUUGCGACUUCUCAGGGCUCGUGUGCCCAGUUUGCGAAAUCUAGCAACAAUGCCUCAUCAUCCACGUCAUUUUCGAAACAGGCUUCCUGAUUUCGUGGAGCCUUCCGGAUUACAGGUGCCUAGCCAUGACCCUAUAGCAGCGGCGGCCUCCACUAUUCCGCGAGAAGCGCUGCUCAGUCUAUUCCGUGAGACGGCUGAUGCCGUACAAAGUGACCUUACGCACAGCCCCACAAUCUACACAGGCUCCGCCGGUGUGGCCUACGCGCUCUGGCACUGCCAGCGCUCCCUGCGCCGCGGCUGCAACCGCCACCGCCAACCGCCAACCCCCACCUCAACCGCUACUGCUUCCGGGGCUGCUGCUACAGCCUCGGCACCUGCGGGCCCAACGGAAGAUGCCCCGACCCUGCUGCCGCCGCCGCCGCAGCAGCAGCACACCGCCUCCGCUUCCGCUGCUACAGCCGCCACGGGCGGUAGCGGCUCGGUUGAAGAGGACAAGCUGCCGGGGGCGCUGCUGGCGGCGGCGGUUGAGCGCUGCCGUACAUCAGCGGCGGCGCUACGGGGACCCAAGGGGCUGGGACUGACCCAUGGGUCGCGCGCGGCGUCCAUGCUUGACGGCGCUGCAGGGGUGUACCUGACGGCAGCGCUGGUACUGCAUGACGCUGCUGCCGCGGCGGAGGCGGGUGGGGGUGGGGGUGGUACGGCAGCGGCAUUGCGACGCGAGCGGGAUGACUACGUUCGAUCGUACUUGGAUCUCUACCCGGAAGCCAUGGACAGCGAGAAUGAUGAGUACCUGUACGGCAGGGCGGGUUACCUGCAGGGCGCCCAGCUGCUCAACGCGGUUCUGGGUCCCGGCACUGUGGCGGAGGAGGUGGUGGCGGGGGUGGCGGAGGAGAUCUGGGAGUCGGGUUCCGAGCUGUCUGGUCGGCUGCGGUGGCGGCUGCCCGGGUCGGCCCCGCCCCCGCUGUUCUUCAUGUGGCCCCAGCGGGAGCGGGGGGAGCCCUACCUGGGGGCGGCGCAUGGCAUGAUGGGCAUCCUGUUCACGCUGCUGCAUGUUCCCUCCCUGGUGCGACAACACGCCCAGCAGCUGCGAGCCUGCCUCGGCUACGUGGCUGCUCACGAGCGGGACGCGCCGGGCUGCAGCGGCCGCGGCGGCCACUACCCCACCCGCAUGAAUGUGGGGCUGACCCACGAGGCCGACGAGGAGGCAGGUGGCGGGCGGCAGGGGGGCGGCUCGCCCUCCAAGGUGCUGGUGCACUGGUGCCACGGCAGUCCGGGAGCGGUGUUCAUGUGGUGCAAGGCAUACCAGGUGUUCGGCGAGCCGCCCUACCUGGCUGCUGCCGAGCGGGCCGGGGAGGUGGUGUGGCAGCUGGGGCUGCUGCGCAAGGGACAUGGGCUGUGUCAUGGAACAAGCGGUAACGCCUACGCCCUUCUGGCCCUACACCGGGCCACACGAGCAGCCGCAGCAGCCGCAGAAGCAGCAGCAGCAGCAGCAGCGGCAGCCUCUCCUUCCUCCUCCUCCCCCGCCUCUCCCUCCUCCUCCUCCUCCUCAGCCCCCUCCCUGGCCUCCUCCGCUCGCUGGCUGCACCGCGCCCGCUGCUUCGCCGCCCACAUUGGCAGUGGGGAGGGGCGCACCGUGUACGACACCCCGGACAGGCCGCUCUCCCUGUUCGAGGGUCGUGCGGGAGCUGCCUGCCUGCUUGCUGACCUGCUUGCGGAUGAUGGGGGCUCAGCAGGGGCGCGCUUCCCCGCGUUUGAGCUGCCGUGAGAGAUGGGGAUGGGGCGUGGGAGGUGCGGCGUUACAGGGGUUUGGCUACCUAAGAGCUCGCGUGGCGGGGCGUUUUGAGAUGCUGGGCGAAACGUUGGCUGAGUUGAUGGAGUUGAAGGGAGGAGGGAGCGUAACGAUGGUGUGUGGUCGACCAGCCGGGGAGGUUGUAAGUUGUGUCAUAGGCCGCACCCGUAAGGUGCCUGUUCAUGCGUAAUGGUCGGUUGCCUGAGCGUAGAAGGUUUCGGAAUAUCGGGCACUGAAGAAGGGAUGAUGUGCUUUCUUAUGUGCAGGGGAAAGGGGCGCAAUGUUUGCGCCUGAAAGGUGAUGUGCAUGCAGGGGCAGGCCUCGUGGUACAGGAGUUCAGGAGGCCAGGAUAGAUACCAGGAGUCGGCAGGCGGGCACAAAUAGCGAAGGGUUGUAAUUUGUUAAGUUCAACGUUGGUGGAUGCAUCCCUUUACAGACGUGGAGGGAAUCGCUGAGAAACUGCAUUCCCUACGUCACAGUACUAUCCUACGAAGAAAACAAUACUCACCAGAUGACCAGAACGCAUGCUUUACCCAAC